AUGGUCGAAGCCGGCUCCCUUCCCGCCGGCGCUUCAGAAGUCGACCACGCUCGUCCAGUCGGAACAAGGAUGCCACUUCUAUGUGUUAUUACCACAGCUGAUUUGGGUCUGCAGCACAUCACUGUACUAAACCGUGCACCUAUACUGCGUCGCCUUUUCUAUGUGACGGAUACACGUAAUAAUUUACGUUUUUUGGUUGACACCGGCGCUGCCAUUAGUGUCUUACCCGUGCGUGAUAAAGCACGUCAACAACCUUUCCAGCUCCGCCUACAAGCAGCAAAUGGUUCCAGUAUUAAUACUUACGGUACGAAGUCCCUUACCCUAAACAUAGGAAUGCGACGAGACUUUACCUGGAAUUUUACUGUUGCUGACGUCCAGAUGCCGAUAUUGGGUGCCGAUUUCCUGGCGCACUAUGAUCUAGCCGUUCGAAUGAACAAUCAUUCCCUAACAGACAACUUAACAAGACUGUGUGUUCUUGGCACUUACUCUAAACUUACCACCACUGGCAUCACCGUGGCAACGUGUCACAAUAAAGAGUACUUAGACUUAUUGAAUCAGUACCAGGACCUCCUGCGUCCUGCUGGAUCUAUUGAUUCAACUAAACAUCAAACACAGCACUUUAUUAAGACCACUGGUCAACCUGUUUUUUCCCGUCCUCGUCGUCUAGCACCUAACAAAUUAAAAUUCGCAAAGAAAGCUUUCGACGACAUGCUACGAGAGGGUGUUAUUCGUCCGUCCGACAGUCCCUACGCUUCCCCUCUUCCUUUGGACUUACGCCUUAAAAUGGCAAACUUAUGCUAUACACCACCGCGGCACUGCCCGAGUGAUAUCUAUUUACCGCACCAGCUCAAGGACUGCGAGUUUGUAUUUGUACGUAACGACUCUGUUAAGCGGCCUCUUACGCCGGCCUACACAGGCCCAUACCGCGUUCUUAAACGCGCGGACAAAUAUUUCCAAAUACAAAAAGGUAUUCACACCGACAACGUUUCAAUAGAUCGGUUGAAACCUGCCUUUAUAGAGAAACCGUCGUCUCAUACUACUUCCCAAUCAACUCCGCAAGUUCAGGAGAAUUUCAAGACACCUGUUUCUCUCGACACGACUAAAUAUCCGUUUCGCUACCAUCAAAACAUUGGAUCUUUUCUUUCUUCCUUUUUUUUCUUUCUUUCUUUCUUUCUUUCUUUCUUUCUUUCUUUCUUUCUUUCUUUCUUUCUUUCUUUCGUUCUUUCUUUCUUUCGUUCUUUCUUUCUUUCUUUCUUUCUUUCUCUUCUUCUUGUUGAUCAAUCUAUCUCUUCUUCUAUCUCUUUUUCUUCUGCUCUGUCUCUCUAUCGUUCACUCUAUCUCUCUAUCUUUCUGUUUGUCCAUCUAUUUUCCACUUCUUCUGUUUAUCGUUUUCUUCUUAUCUAUCAAAUCUAUCACUUUUUACUCUUUAUGUUUAUUUUUCUUUAUAUCUAUCUAUCUAUCUAUCUAUCUAUCUAUCUAUCUAUCUAUAUGCAUUUCUCUCUUCUUCUUCUUCUUCUUCUUCUUCUUAUCUAUCUAUCUAUCUAUCUAUUCUCCUUUUUCUUCAUUUUUCUAACUUUAUUUUUCUUCUCAUCCUACUUAUCUAUCUAUCUAUCUAUCUAUCUAUCUAUCUAUCUAUCUGUCGAAUGUCAUCCAUAUCUAUCUAUCUAUCUAUCUAUCUAUCUAUCUAUCUAUCUAUUCUCCUUUUUCUUCAUCUUUCUAACUUUAUUUUUCUUCUCAUCCUAUCUUAUCUAUCUAUCUAUCUAUCUAUCUAUCUAUCUAUCUAUCUAUCUAUCUAUCUAUCUAUCAUUUUUUUCUUCUUUCUAUCUAUCCAUUCUUUUCUUCCUCUUUAUCAAUCUAUUCGUUUUCUUCUUUCUUUCUAUCUAUACAUUCUUCUUCUCUUAA